UGGUUGCCUUUACACUACUCCACGCUUGCCUUUUGAGUUUGAGCUUGUGUUAAGCUUCUUUUCUUUUUUUGGCUUUUUUGUCUUAAGCUUGUUUGCUUCUUCUUCUUCUUCUUUCCUACUACUCUUAAUCUUUAUUUCAAAGCUUAUUUUUUUUCUUCCCAAUGGAAAUGAAAUUGCUCUUUACAUCGGCUUUCACUCAAAUGUUCGGCUACUCAAACCAUAUGGAUCAAACCAGCAACAACUGCCAAAGCACUCGCAACAAAAUCAUAAAGAUGAUGAAGAAAGAAGAAUUCCCAAGUGGAUUCCAAGUCCCUCUUCACUACCCUAAGUACUCCAAGUCAGACUAUGAAGCCAUGGAUGAUAUCAGCCUCGACUUGCUCCUCAAACAAUACGGAUUCUCCUUUGAAGGAUCUCUUGAAGACAAGAGGAUGUUUGCAAUUGAAUCAUUUCUCUGGCCUGAUCAGCUUUAAGGUUUAUGUUGGUGUUGGAUGAUCUCAUGUCUCUCUCUUUCUCUCUCUACCGACCUCUUAUCAAUAUGAGUCUACAAGAUAAUUAGAAUGUUUUAUAAUUAUGUAUAUCGAUCAUCACCUAGUAAUCCAGUUUGUGUGUUAUAUUUAACUGUGUUUGAGGAAGUUUUGAAGUAUGCAAUUUACACACAUAUAUAUAUAUAUGUAUCAUCAUGAUCAUGAGUGCAUUAGCAAAAUCUUUGAUGUAUAAUGUAUUAUCAUUAAAAACAUUAAAAAUUGUGAUCAAUCGA